CUGAUGAUUCAAAAAUCAAUUCUGAUUGUCACUGGCGAGACCCUAAUAAUCAAAACCGACCCUCUUGCCGAAGCACCAAUUAUUCUCUUCAAAGUUGAGCGUAAGAACAACUGCCUCGUCCCUAUUCACUCUUUAUUCCAUAUUCGUUUUAAUUCUCGUGGUUAAUUACGACACAGUCAAUACACAGCCCUGCAAGUUCCCACAACCCCGCAUACUUUCAUUAUGAAUCAGAUAUUUAAUGCUGGGUUUGUAACGGAGUAUUUCAUUCACAGAUUCUGAGGAUAAUUUUUUUUUUAAUUUUUAAUUUAUUUUUAUUUUUGGCAAAACGCUAGUCUGCAAAGAGUCAAGUGAGUAAUUUUGAGAAAAUUUUGUGCGUGUGAUCAAGAAAUGGCAACAGCAGGAUUGUACAGGCGUAUCCUCCCUUCACCCCCUGCAAUCGAUUUGGCGUCUUCCGAAGGCAAGAAACUAUUCACAGAGGCCAUCCACAAUGGAACUAUGGAAGUCUUUUUCAAGUUGAUAUCUUAUUUUCAGACACAAUCUGAACCUGCAUACUGUGGUUUGGCUAGUCUGUCAAUGGUCUUGAAUGCCCUUUCUAUUGAUCCGGGUCGAAAAUGGAAAGGGCCUUGGAGAUGGUUUGACGAAUCUAUGCUGGACUGCUGCGAGCCUUUGGAAAAGGUUAAAGAUAAAGGCAUCUCGUUUGGGAAGGUGGUAUGUUUGGCUCAUUGUGCUGGAGCCAAUGUUGAAGCUUUUCGUGCAAACCAGAGCACUAUUGAUGAAUUUCGUAGAUAUGUAAUGUCGUGUUCAACUUCAGAUGAUUGUCAUGUGAUCUCAUCAUAUCAUAGAGGAGCUUUUAAUCAGACUGGAACUGGUCACUUUUCACCUAUUGGUGGAUAUCAUGCUGGGAAGGAUAUGGCUCUUAUUCUAGAUGUUGCAAGGUUUAAAUAUCCUCCACAUUGGGUUCCACUAACUCUUCUCUGGAAAGCCAUGAGUACUAUUGAUGAAGCAACUGGACUACAUAGAGGGUUCAUGCUCGUAUCUAGGCGUCAGAGAGCAUCAUCUUUGCUUUAUACCCUGAGCUGCAAACAUGAGAGUUGGGUUAGCACUGCGAAGUACUUGAUGGAUGAUCUUCCAGUGCUGUUAAGUUCAAACAAUGUGAAGGAUGUAAAUUAUGUCAUCUCUACUGUUUUCAAGUCUCUCCCAUCAGAUUUUACAGAGUUCAUUAAGUGGGUGGCGGAGGUUCGCAGACAAGAGGAAGGUGGUCAAGGUGUAAGCCAAGAAGAGAAAGAAAGGGUGGCUAUCAAGGAGGAGGUGUUGAAACAAGUACUAGAGACUGGACUUUACAAGCAUGUAACGGAUAUUUUAUCUUCAAAAAAAUCUUCCUGCCAAAUCAAACAGACUAUUGGUCUCAGAGAUAGUUUGCCUAACAUUGCAGCAAGUGUUUGCUGUCAAGGGGCUGGGUUUUUGACUGGAAAAUCGGGAUUGACAGAUAGGUUUUGCUGUCGGGAGACAGGUGUGAGAUGCUACAUGGCUAAUGGCGACAAGCCUGUUACAGUGGUGUCUGGGACUGUGGUCAACGGCAAUGGAGAGCAAGGAGUUGAUAUGCUUGUUCCUUUAUCUCAAAAAGAGCCUAGCUGCUGCAGUGUUGACUCCUGUGGUUACUCUGGAUUGCACCCUGAAAGCAAUGAUAUUUUGACAGCACUUUUGCUGGCAUUGCCACCACAAACAUGGAUGGGUAUCAAAGACUACCAGGUUUUGCAGGAUAUGUCUGGCUUAGUUUCCACUGAGAGGCUUCCUCCUUUACUUCAAGAAGAGAUUUUGCACUUGCGGAGUCAGCUACUUAUUCUCAAGAGAUGCAACGAUAACAAGGAGAUCACCGCAGAAAAAUUGUUAUCGCCUUUUAUAGGUUUGAGACAAUCAGCAAUAUGUGCUUCCCAGGGUGUCAAUGCUUUAAGCGGCAAAGUAACAGUUCUCCAGCGAUUCAAAUUCUCUUUGAAUCAAAAUUCUUCCAUGAAAAUUUUCAGCCAUGGUGUCUCCUUCCGAGGUAACAGCAGACCUGGAAAGGAAUAUUCAGUGCCAUCUAGAUUACCCGGUGGAAACGUAUCUAUGAUUGCAUGUCCCAAAUUUGCAUUAUACAUGUCUCAGUCUAAUAAUUGCUCAAGACAUCCAAAUUUUCUUCUUUAGUGGUGUUUCAUAAUAGUCCUGUACUUCUAGAAUUCGAUGAGGGAUGGCAUAGACAAAAGUGUUGAAGAGAUCCUUAGUAGAUUAUAACAAUCUUGCCUCCUCCACUCCCCUCCCCACUUUUGGAAUUCGAUGAGCGAUGGUAGCUAAUGAGUUGCUUAUUCUCCCUUCAUUACACUCACCAGGGAAUUAAAUAUACUGUGUAUAUAAUUAUUAUAUAUUUUACUUGGGCUGUUAAUCUCAGUACCAACAAAGAGAAAAAGUUAUAUUCUGUUCA